GUAAAUCGCCAUCUUGAAACCCUUAUUGCUCUCUUCAUGUUGCGUACUACGCCCCUUGUUGAUAAAAAAACCGACAGUAGUCAGCUGUAUUAUUUAAACCUUUAUUUUAAAACGUAGGAAAUUAAGGAGCCAGGACGCUUUAUUUAAAAGCUAUUGUAGCUGGCUAAAACCAUGCAAAAGUAUGAGAAGUUGGAGAAGAUAGGAGAGGGUACAUAUGGGACCGUUUUCAAAGCUAAAAACAGAGAAACACAUGAGAUUGUGGCCCUCAAACGAGUGCGAUUGGAUGAUGAUGAUGAGGGGGUUCCAAGCUCAGCUUUACGAGAAAUUUGCCUCCUGAAAGAACUGAAGCAUAAAAACAUUGUAAGGUUGCAUGAUGUCCUGCACAGUGAUAAGAAGCUCACAUUAGUGUUUGAGUUCUGCGAUCAGGAUUUGAAGAAAUACUUUGACAGCUGUAAUGGUGACUUGGAUCCAGAGAUUGUCAAGUCCUUUAUGUACCAGUUAUUGAAGGGUCUUGCCUUCUGCCACAGCCGAAAUGUUCUCCAUCGAGACCUCAAACCACAAAAUUUGCUCAUCAACAGAAACGGUGAACUGAAGUUAGCUGACUUUGGCUUGGCCAGAGCGUUUGGAAUACCUGUACGAUGUUAUUCUGCUGAGGUGGUGACGUUGUGGUACAGGCCACCGGAUGUGCUGUUUGGUGCUAAGCUAUACUCUACCUCUAUUGAUAUGUGGUCUGCAGGGUGUAUAUUUGCUGAACUGGCAAAUGCAGGACGGCCCUUGUUUCCUGGUAAUGAUGUGGAUGACCAGCUAAAGAGGAUCUUUAGAUUGCUGGGAACACCGACAGAAGAACAAUGGCAGACUAUGAAUAAACUUCCAGAUUAUAAGCCGUACCCAAUGUACCCAGCUACUACAUCACUUGUGAAUGUGGUCCCGAAACUCAGCAGCACUGGCAGAGACCUUCUACAGAAUCUUCUGAAAUGCAAUCCAGUACAGCGAAUUUCAGCAGAGGAAGCCCUACAGCACCCUUACUUUGCAGAUUUCUGCCCACCCUAAAUGUCAGAUCACAGAUGAUGGGCCAGUCUUACCUCGUCAAACCCCUUCAAGACCUCCAGCUUUCAGUUCCGCUCACACCUGCUAGAAAGAGGGACCGUGAAACACUCCUCCCCCUUACAGU